AUGUACUACUCCUUCUGUGAAGUACAUGUAUUCAUCUGUACCUUCCCGUCUUGUACAGGCGUACCCGUCCUAUCUGUGGGCCUUGCGCAAUUAGCGAGCCGAAAUCCGAGAAAGCCUGAUGAUAUCUACAGGAGAUUCGCCGCAUAUGCUCCUCUCCUUGGUACGCGUACAUACACGCAGUUGAGGGCUGCCACAAACUCCAGGCAGCUUAACCGCCAACCGCCACCACUUGCCCGCAUGACGCCCACAUGCGAUCCCUUACAAACCCUAAAGCAUAAAUAUACUAAUAUCAGUGGCGGUAGAAGCCACACAAAAAAAGGUUCUUUACAGUUCUGUAGCACUGGGGAGGUCUGUAGCUGCUCGUAA